UCUUAAUGGAUAUUUGCAUACUACAAUAUUGGCCCCCCCACCCCCACCCACCCCACCCCACUCACCCCACCCCAAGUGUGUAGAGUGUAGUGUUGGAGGUUUACUACAAAAAGGCCACUAUCAAUAACACCAAUAUAUACACAAGCAAAACAAGUAGUUAAGCAACUCAAACACACAUACAAAGAAAUGGAGAUGGACAAGUUGGAGAAGGAAAUGAAGCAAUCAAAGUUCAAGAAAAUUUGUGUGUUUUGUGGUAGUAGUCCUGGCAAAAAGAGCAGUUAUAAAGAAGCUGCAGUUGAGCUUGGCAAAGAACUGGUAUCAAGAAAUAUAGACUUAGUUUAUGGAGGAGGAAGUAUUGGUUUGAUGGGAUUGGUCUCUCAAGCAGUUUACAAUGGCGGUCGUCACGUCCUUGGAGUUAUUCCAAGGACACUCAUGCCAAGAGAGGUAUGUUUCUUUUUUUCUUAACAUUACUAGCUACGUUGCUCGAACUCUUUAAAAUGUUAUUGCAUCCAUGUCAGACUUCGUUAUAAUUUGUUUGCCUUAAUUUCCUUUCUGGUUUGUUUCAAAAAGAACGUUUCUUUAGUUUCUACUUUCCACGUGACAUGUCAAGGCUAAGACCAGACCACAAGAUUCGAAAGUCUUAUUUGCCUUCUUAAACCGCAAGUCAAGUCAAAUCCUCAAAAAUAUACUCGCUUCGUUAUAAUUUGUUUGCCUUAAUUUCCUUUUCGGUCUGUUUCAGAAAGAACGAUUCUUUCGUUUAAUUACUUUCUACUUUCCACGUGACGUGUCCAAGGCUAAGACCAGACCAGAAGAUUCAAAAGUCUUAUUUGCCUUCUUAAACCGUAAGUCAAGUCAAAUCCUCAAAAAUAUACUC